ACUGAGAUUCCUGUCAAAUAGGAUUGAGGCUUGCACCCACUGGCUGCCUUGCGCUGGUCUCCACAGCCACCCAUUUUACGUCAGAAAAGGGAAGCCAGUGUAUUUCCUCCCCUUCUUUAUCUAAAGGAAGUGCCAAAAUAAGCAUCAGCAGUGGAGCGCCCAAGCUCGGACACCUUUUCCACUGGUCAGUCAGUUAGCGUCUGAGGAAGAAAUCAGAGGGGUUCACAGCCGCCAGGAUCACCAUGAAGACCAUCAGGGUUCUUGUCCUCCUUCUCCUAGCAUCUGUCCAUGUCUUCACUCCAGUUUCAUCAGAAGGUUCAGAUGAAACAGACAAACAGCAAAAAGUGGACAAAUCUACAACAUCAGCACCAACAGUAAAGCCACAAACAACGACACCUCCUGCAUCAACACAAGCAGCAACACCAGCUACAACACCAACAACAACAGAAGCAACAACAAUCAUAUCAACAACAAAAGCUGUGUCUCCAGCCAUAACAACUGUGAAGCAAUCUUCCUCAAUUCCACCAGCAUCACCAGACCAGAAGACUGUGAGCACUCCUCCACCAGCUAAAGAGCAAACUAACAUUACGCAGCCAAGAUCCUCUAACCAUCCAAAUCCAGGAAACCACUCAGAUGAACAGGAAAAUGUGUUACCAGGACCAGAUGACACCAACCCUGCACAAGGAUCAAAUGAUACAACUACUAAUGCCACAGGCCCAGAAGGCCCUAAGACUUCCCCUCCGCCUAGCACCAGUCCAUCGAAGGUAGGAAAUGGGAAUGAAAUGGCUAAAGAGAAAGGUGCUGGUUCUCAGACUGGCAGUGAUGAGAAGGCUCCCCCCAAAUCAGACAAAAGGCUGUGGUUGAUCUUGUUGCCUGUCCUCCUGGUUGGAGCUGCUGCUGCCAUCAUCCUCAAAUUCAAAUACAAGAAGGCCCACGAUCACACAGAAACCAUUGAUAGUGGAACUGAGAAUGCAUCUUUCCAAAGCAGACCUGAAAGCACCAAAGAUGGUGUCAUGCUCCUCGGAGUUAAGUCAUCAGGCGGUGAAGAAAAUGCUGCUGCAAGAUAAAAUGAAGGCGACCAGUGGAUGAUUCACAAGUGUCGCCCACGCGGUGAUGUUCUGGAGGAAACUGUUUAGAUGACAGAUUUUUUUUAAAUUUUUUUGUGAAUUUUGUGAAACAUUUUGAACAGCAGUUUUAUGUAUGAUUCUGUAUUCUAAAAGCAGUGUUUUUGUGACUGUGACAAUGAGAAGUGAACUUAUUCUCAAUCACAAAAGUUCCUAAAGACUUAAAACUCUUCGAAUUGAGAGCAUAAGCAAUACUCUGUAAGCAGGUGAAUCACUGCCUGUGGAAUACAGUAAAUCCAUUUUUAAUCUUUACAAACUUUUACUUCAGUAUACUAUUGACAAAGACAUGUUGUGUCACAAAACACAUUUUCUGUAAAGUGCACUGACCUCGGAUCCAACAAUAUUGGAUGUAAUAAAUCACUGUUAAUUGCAUAGUUUUAUAAUUAUCAUAUGCUUUGGUUGGUUUGUUACACAUCAUUUAUUUGCCUUGAAUUGUUUUACAGAUUAUGAUGGCAUUAUUUUGUGAUUGCAUAGAGUUGUAUUGUUGUCCUUUGUCACUGAAAGAACAGACCUUUAUGAGGUGUGAGAUGUUUUUUUUCCUGUUUUUCUAUGUAUCUUAUAAAGUUUUGUUUAAAAGGAGGUAGCUAAAUAUUAUUCCAUCAGUGUUCUCUACUUGGAAUUUUUUUUGAAGCCAACAAUCUUUCCUCUCGUGACAAUACUGCACAUCCACAGGCAAUUUGGUUUGUGCAUGUGGCUAAACUCAAAGUAGUGAGAAUCUGCAGUAAAGGUGUUUUUGAAUGUGUAUUUUUGCAUCAAGCACAAGAAAAAAGCACAGUUGAUGCAGAGGAUUGUAAUCUAAAGACACUGGAACUGUUUUAUGGCAAGAAUUAAACCUCUAAUAAAUCAUGACAAAAUGU